AAAAUAAAUAUAGUACUUUGAAUACAGGAAAAACAUUUCUAAAUUGGGAUAGUUGUAAAUCAUUUUUGCAGAAGUGGGCUAAAAAACAAGAUUUUCAUGUGGUUAAAGAUCAGAUGUAUCAAGAAAAUGGUGUAGUUCGAUGA